UUGGUUGUCUGCAGAUUGUGGCAAUUUAGAAACUGUUCUUUUAGCUUUAUAUAGUUUUAAAAACAUUUAUCUUUCAAUUAGGCCUAGUAUAAAAUAUUUGUUUGUUUCUGUUCAUUAUAUAGGGGUUUAACCCUCCCAUUUUUAACCAUUAGUAAGAUAAAGUUGCUUUCGUUCUUCGUUGUUCAUUGUUCUUUUGUGUUCAAGUGAAUACCAUGUCUAGUAAUCGCAGCUCCCCCAGAUCAAGGUCUUCCCCUCAGGGCAGCCGACGUGAGGAUGCUGUCACAUCCCCACCUCGUGAACUUGAGGAACCUUUUGAAGACGAGAGUGAAUUUCUCGGAGGUGGUCCACUCAGCGUUGGGCCUGAAGAAGAAGAAGAUGGAGAGGAACUGUUUGGAGACAAUAUGGAGGCGGAUUAUCGUCCCAUGCCAGCGUUGGACCGAUAUGACCGAGACGCUCUUGAUGAUGAUGAGUACAGUGAGAUUUCGCAAGGAGACCGUGUUGCUGCUGAGGCAGCCAUGAGGCGUCGUGACCGGGACGAACAAGUUAGACGUGGAGAUGUUGAUCUGUUGUAUGAACCCAGCGAUGAUGAUGAAGCUCCGAGACGGAAAAGAAGGAGAGCGGCAGAGAAAGCUGCGAUGGGAGAUAUUGAGGAAGAAGAGAUGAUUGAGAGUAUCGAGCAUCUAGAAGACACCAAGGGCCACAGUGUCAAAGAGUGGGUAUCUAUGUUGGGCCCUCGCACGGAGAUUGCCAACAGAUUCAAGAACUUCCUCCGCAACCAUGUCAACUCCAAGGGUGUCUACGUUUACAAGGACAAGAUCAGGCGCAUGUGUGAGAACAACCAUUCCAGUUUUGAGGUAGAAUUCCCAGUUUUGGCCAGCAAAGAAAACGUCCUUGCGUACUUCCUGCCAGAAGCCCCUAUUGAAAUGAUACAGAUUUUCGAUACAGUUGCUAAGGAGUUGGUGUUGACCAUUUAUCCAAGUUAUGAACGUGUGACGAGUGAAAUUCACGUUAGGAUCUCUGAACUGCCUCUGAUUGAGGAACUGAGAACAUUCAGAAAGAUACAUCUGAACCAGUUAGUGCGGACGACAGGUGUGGUGACAGCUACUACUGGCGUGUUACCGCAACUGUCUGUGGUCAAGUACGACUGUAACAAGUGCGGCUACAUCAUGGGACCGUUUGUCCAAUCACAGAACAGCGAGGUCAAACCUGGGUCUUGCCCCGAGUGUCAGAGCACUGGCCCGUUCAUGAUCAACAUGGAACAAACCGUUUACCGAAACUACCAGAAGAUCACGCUGCAAGAAUCCCCCGGCCGCAUACCAGCUGGUCGGAUACCUCGCUCCAAGGAUUGUAUAAUGUUGGCAGACCUGUGUGACAGGUGUAAACCCGGAGAUGAGAUUGAUGUCACUGGUACAUAUACCAACAGCUACGACGGAUCUCUUAACACUGAAAACGGAUUCCCGGUUUUUGCCACGGUCAUUCUUGCCAACCACCUUAUUGUGAAAGACUGUAAACAAAUUGUGGAGUCGCUGACAGAUGAAGAUGUAUCCACGAUUAUGAAGCUUUCUAAAGAUCACAGGAUUGGGGAGCGAAUUGUCAACAGCAUUGCACCAUCCAUCUUCGGCCAUAAUUACAUAAAACGGGCACUGGCGCUUGCUCUUUUUGGUGGAGAAUCCAAAAAUCCAGGAGAGAAGCACAAACUGAGAGGGGACAUCAACGUGCUGCUGUGUGGUGACCCUGGUACAGCCAAGUCUCAGUUCCUCAAGUUUGUAGAGAAGAUGGCGCCACGAGCCGUGUUCACAACAGGCCAGGGCGCGUCGGCCGUCGGUCUCACUGCGUACGUCAAGCGCAGCCCGGCCAGCAAGGAGUGGACUCUGGAGGCUGGUGCGUUGGUACUGGCCGACCAAGGAGUAUGCCUCAUUGACGAGUUUGAUAAGAUGAAUGACCAAGACCGAACAUCAAUCCACGAGGCCAUGGAACAGCAGAGUAUCUCCAUUUCUAAGGCAGGCAUUGUGACGUCACUGCAGGCAAGAUGUUCUGUCAUUGCUGCAGCCAACCCCAUCGGCGGCCGAUACGACCCUGGCAUGACUUUUGCUGAAAAUGUAAACCUGUCAGAACCGAUCAUGUCUCGUUUUGACAUCCUGUGCGUGGUGAGAGACGAGGUCGACCCGAUGAAGGACCAACAUUUGGCCAGGUUUGUGGUAGACUCUCACAUCCGUCAUCAUCCGAGCCACGCUGGCAACCAGACUCUCUCCCAGGACUCAACCACCGACAGCAACACCAUUCCUCAGCAGAUUCUGAAGAAGUAUAUUGUCUACGCUCGACAGAACGUCCACCCCAAGCUGUUUCAGAUGGACCAGGACAAGAUUGCCAAGAUGUACAGCCAGCUACGGCAGGAGUCGUUGGUGACUGGAAGUCUGCCCAUCACGGUGAGACACAUUGAGAGCAUGAUCCGCAUGGCGGAGGCCCACGCCAAGAUGCACCUGCGGGACUACGUACAGGAGGACGACGUCAACAUGGCCAUCCGCAUGAUGUUGGAGAGCUUUGUGGAGACCCAGAAGUACAGCGUCAUGAAGACCAUGAGAAACACAUUCCAGAAAUACCUAUCAUUCAAGAAGGAUACAACGGAGCUGUUGUAUUACAUCCUGAGACAGAUGACGUUGGACCAGAUCGCCUACAUCAGAGGCAUUCAUGGAGUCGAUGUCAAUGUUAUCGAGAUACACGAGAAAGACUUCUUGGACAAGGCAAAACAGAUCAACAUUUACGAUCUCAGAGACUUCUACGAGAGCAAAAUCUUUGAGUCAAACCACUUCAAGUAUGAUGCCAAGAGAAAGAUGAUCGUUCAAUCAUUGCCAACCACGCGAGUGACAGCCUAAAGCUUCAUUUUAACAUUGACUGAAGAAAUUGGCCUUCUUGUACAUACAGCCUAUGCGAGAGGUGCCUUUCUUACCAGUGUCCAGUGUCGCAAAAGCUGAACAUUGUCAUGUAUAUAUAUUUAAGAAAGAGUAGAGUUAUUUUUGUAAGUUCUUUGACAAGUAAAUUGAAGUAAAAUAGAACCUUGAUGUACAAAAAAAUCUCGAUACUUAUGUUGAGCUCUAAAAAAUUGAAGAUUUAAAAAUCUCUAAAAUUGUGUAGUGUAAUGUUACAGUUUUUGUGAACCUUUUAGUCAAUGACAUACUUUCUCCUAUAUUAAAGACAAAUUGUAUCUGGUGUAAAUUGAGCUAACCCCUAAGUUAACUUUAUUACCCAUGAGGAGUACAUUCAGGGGAUGCCAAUAGAAUAUAGCUGUGAAAAGGUUAGGUAACCUUCCAAAUUUGUUUUCAAUACUCUGAGGGAAAAUGUUACUUAUGACUUCAAGAAAUAUAUCACUAUGUAAUGUUGGCCCAUUUAGUUUCUUCUCUUUUUUAUCAUUCAUCUCUUAUCUUUUUGUGGAUUCCCUCAAAUUAUACAGUCCUCCUUUAUUACAUUUCUUCAUUGCUUUUUGUUCUUAAGACUGGCACACGAUGUUAAUAUAUAAAAAUACAAAGCUUUUGCUACUCUACUACAAUGAAUCAUCUAUUGACCUACUCUAGCUUUCAUAUUCCAGUUCCGCAUACUUUCUUCAUUGUCCAUUUAACCCGGUUGUCCGCUUGAAUUCGGGUUUGCAGAAUUGUAUUUCAUUAACAAAGGCCUUUAAUUUGACAUGCCUAUAAACCCAAGAAUUAUUUUUACUUGCGUAUUUGAUGUCCGUUGUAUUAUUACAACAGCUGAUUCUAAGGACCAAAACGAAAGUGCCAUUGUGUGAAUAAUAUUACCGACUUUACUAGCACGCUCUGCUUACAGUAAGUUAAGAGCUUAGUAAAAUAUUCCUCUAUUGACGUGGCCAUUAUUCUUCAAGUAGGAAAUGAACCACUUACCUACUCUAUAGCCUUCACACACCGUUUCUGCAUUAACAUUUAUUUUUACAUGAGGCACCACAGCCGCUCGGUUUAAUGAUAACCAGUUAAUUGUUAGUUGGUAGACAACUUGUGUUUGUUUCCAUCAUUAUUUUCGAGGUGAGUUUUUACAAUAUUAGUUUUUCUCCUGCCCCCCUUGAUGUUAUUUCUUUUUAUAGAUGUCGUUUAUAGAAUUUGAUUAUUACGUGGAAAUUACACUUUUUAAAUGCUAGUAUGUUUUGUUAUCUGUUGAUUUAUAUUGUUUUGGCUAUGUUAAGUUUGUGUCAAAAUUUGUAUUGAUGUAGAACACUGAAAGGUUUGUUGUUAAAUAUGGUUAAAGAAUUCUGAAUGUUAAUUUGUAUUGAAUUAUGUUCGAGUAAUAUUAUAAUAAAUCGGUUGUUCGUAUGUAUAUUCGUUUAAAUUCUCAAGUGCCUAACAGAAAGCCUUUAUGUUCUAUUAUUGUAGUCACCAUUACUCAAUAAAAGAGAAGAUUUUAUUCAACAAAUUAAAGUAUUUUGUACAUUUUUUUUUUUAAAUAAAAACAUUGUACAAGUAAAUAUGUAUU